ACUGUGUGUUUCCUCUCCUCCUCUUUACCUCUGUUCAUCAUCUCUCUCAGAUGACAGCCUGUGACUGUUCACUCACUGGAACAGCAGGAUGAGUGUGUACCUGCGUAUGUGUUGCAUACUCUACCAGCACUCAUUCAACAUGCAGUAACAUCAGGCAAACUGACUCAAGAAAUAAAGACAAACAGAAAGAGUCUUUUUCAGAGCUUGCAGAAUAAAUAUUGUGACCACCUGGCAGAGAGCAAUGAGUGUGUGUUGACGGAUAAAGCCUCCCCACUCUCUCUCCUCCCACUGUGUCUUCAUGAGGACUGAGAGAUGACCAUGCAUGGUCACUGGUCCUUCAACACCCUGGCCGUCAUUUUCAUCCUGCUUUCCACUGCAGCUCUCUCUGCACACUUCCGGGUGUGUGAGCCUUACUCUGACCACAAGGGGCGCUAUCACUUCGGUUUCCACUGCCCUCGACUCUCAGAUAACAAGACCUACAUAUUUUGCUGUCACCAUAACAAUACGGCCUUCAAGUACUGUUGCAACGAAACAGAGUUUCAGAUUGUGAUGCAGCUCAACCUCACAACCAAUUCAGACAGCUUUGCCCACAAUAACUACACUGCCCUCAUUGGUGUGUGGGUUUACGGCUUUUUCGUAAUGGUCCUUCUUGCUUUGGACUUCCUGUACUACUCAGCCAUGAACUAUGAACUGUGCCGGGUCUAUCUGGAGAAAUGGGGGUUGGGAGGACGAUGGCUCAAACAGGCCAGGACUCAAUGGCACAGUGAAGCUCAGGAAGGUGAACAGAACAUGGGAUCAGGCCUAAGUCCCCACCACCAUCCGAGGCACAGCUUGAGAGGGGAGUCACAAAGCCCGACACUCCUGACCUUCCAGACCUCUACAGCCUGUAUUUUCCAGGAUGCCUGUGGAGCUAGGGAAGACCUGUGUGUGAACCAAAGACAUUACAACUCUCAGCCUGAACAGUGAUAUUCAGCUUUGAUCACAUGGAUAUUCUUAGUGUGACAGAGGAAGCUGGGUAGGAAUUGAGGAACAGCCAGAAGAAAUUGAGAUUUCGUUUGGAUAUUUUUUUCCUGGCCCCAUCUGCAUUUGUGACACGAACUGUGGUUGCUACCUCCUGCGGCUAUGCUGGAUGGCAUUUUCUCCACAUGCUGAUGCUGAGACUGUGCAUCCACCAUUGACAGCUGGAAACAAGCUUCUCUGACCAAUCAGAGGAGGCGUAUUCUACUAGCUGAAUUUACUAUUCAUCAGCUGUCAAAGGAUUUUAAUGAGACUAUUGUGUUCUACGCCCACUACCUUGCCUUGUCAUUUUGGAAGUUAGGAUUUAGAUGCAGGGAAUAUGACUUUACCAAAAGAGAGAGAAAAGACUCAUGUGUACAUGUGUCUUGUUUGCACUGCUGUGAAGCCUUUGGUUGGUUUCUCUUGAAGUAGCGGAAAAUGAUUAUUUAUUGUGGUCACCACAGUUAACACCAUGAUUUUGAUCACAUUACAUGGGAAAGCUCAUCAAAGAAAAGGCAAAUUACUAGUCUGGCAUAAGUGAAAGUUAACCCAAUGAGAUUACAUAAAUACAUUUUAAACAGCAAUUCCUUUGAAUCACAUAAGAUGAUGUAAAUUGAUUAGAUUUGAUUUGGAAUUUGCACUUGAAACUACUGAAAUUUAAGUGUGUGGGGGAGAUUUUUUACAAAAAGCAAUAGAUAAUAAAGGAAAAGUAUUAAGACAAAUUUGGUCGAAAUAUGUAAGGUGUCCCGCUUUGUGCCUGACAAGCUGAUCAGCCUUACAGACUCAAAAAGUGUAUAGUGUUAAGGCCCGGGUCUACUUCGGUUGACCACGUUCCGUAUCGGAUCGCGCACGGUCGACCAUGUUGCUGUCCUGAGUAUACUCAUUUUACCCUGAGUGCAGACGGACAUGUUCGAAGCAUGUGUACUACAACUGCUUUGUGAUACUCUUUUAGUAGUGCCAACGGUGAGCACAGAUGAUGACCGCGUCCGUGGCUCAAGAACAUCUGGGCAAGGCGCGGUCAGGACACGUGGACUGACUUAUGACGAAAUUUACGUCACGCAUACUGUGCACAGAGCCAUCAACAACGCGGACAACCAAAGUAUACUCGGUCCUUUAGGGGUAGAUUUAUGGCCUUUUUAACCUGUCAGGCACAAAAUUGGGCACCUUUCACCAAUUUAUAUAAAUGUGUAACCUAAAGAACCAAAAAAUUAAAAACUUGACGAAGUGGCUUCACUUUAUGGAGUGUGGAUCUUUAGACACAUGCCUCACUUCUUUGUAGAAAUACAGCAAAAUAAGUUGAAAUGAGAUGAAAUCGACUAGUCAUUGGUAACCGUAGCCACUGCUAGACCGUAAAUAUUCACCUGCAAUAACGCAGCAUUGUGCUGAGUUGUGUUGUGUAUAGAGGAGUCAUUGUUGUGAUCAUGUUUAAUUAUUUAAGGUGAAUCAAAUAGUUUUUCCCUCAUGGAGGGAAGAGAGAUGCAUUAUGUUUUGAAGUAAUAAGUUAUACUGAUAUAAAUUGCCUUACAGUAAAUCUGUAGUACAUGCCUAGCACCUUGUUCUGUGAUAGUGGUUGGUACUUCAGUUGAAGUGUAAUUUGGCUGUCCACCUGUUAAACUUCUCUCUGAAUUUACUAUGGUUUUUAAAGGUGUGCAGCUGAGUUGUAAUUGAAUUUGUUAAUUUUUUACUGUUACAAUCUGGGAGAAAUAAAGAUUUAUCUUUUGCAGUGUU